AUGAGUAUUGUUGGAAAGACAAAAGACACAUUGAAAAGUAGAUAUGAUUUGGUGGACCUUGGUAUUAGGCAAGGGUUGCAUCCAAUUGAGGAUGGAGAUAAAAUUUUGUUACCGGUAGCAUGCUAUGCAUUGUCCCCUGAUGAGAAGUUCAAGCUAUGUGAUUUCUUAGCUAAUUUGAAGGUUCCAGAUGCCUUUUCAUCAAAUAUUUCAAGGUGUGUUAAUGUACUUGAGAAAAAGAUACAUAGAUUGAAGUCUCAUGAUCAUCAUGUAUUAUUGCAAGACAUUUUACCAGUUGCUAUACGUGGUUUACUGCCUAAGGAAGUAUGUGAACCAAUUAUAGCCUUAGGCAAAUUUUUCAAGAAUCUAUACUCUAAGUGCUUGACAAUUGAAGAUCUUGAUAUCCUUGAGGCUGAAAUUCCAAUCAUAUUGUGUAAACUUCAAAUGGUUUUUCCUCCAGCAUUUUUUGAUGUCAUGAUUCAUUUGCCAAUACACUUGGCCAGAGAGGCAAAACUUGGUGGACCAGUUCAAUAUCGGGAUAUGUACUCGAUUGAGAGGUAUUUGCGAACACUUAAAUCAUAUAUUCGCAAUCCUGGUCAUCCAGAAGGUGCAAUUGUUGAAGGUCAUGAUGCAAAUGAAGGCAUUACAUUUUUCUCACACUAUUUUAAGAGUAUCUCAACUAAGUUCAAUAAACCAGCAAGAAAUGAUGAUGGAUUUGAAUCAAAUGGUGAGAUGUCUAUCUUUAAAAAAAGUGGGCAAACAAAGGGAUGUUCUGAUGGAAAGAAACUACCCCAUGAUGAAUUCAACCAAGCAGUUUUGUAUAUUCUUCAAAAUUGUGAAGAGGUUUCACCUUUCAUAGAGGAAUACAUGAGAGAGAUUGAAAUACAAGGUUCAACAAGACCUCAUGGGAUACUGAAUAAUGAUUUUAUUGAUUGGUUUCGUGCACGUAUAUUUGUACUAGCUUCACAAGGACGCGCAACUGAUGAGCUCAUAAGCUUAGCUGUAGGUCCAGAACCUUUGGUGCAUCGAUAUUCAAUAUUUAUGGUGAAUGGAUUUAGGUUCCACACAAAAGAGCUUGUGAGAAAAACACAGAACAGUGGAGUUCUUGUGAGAGGAGAUGAUUCAGACUCUAAUAAGGAGUAUUAUGGUGUAUUAGAGGACAUUUACGAGUUAUGCUACGUUGGAAAUAGAAAAGUUCAUCUAUUCAAGUGUCACUGGUGGGAUGUGGCUCGCCUAGGAAGAGGAUAUAAGAUUGACAAAUAUGGUUUUACAAGUGUGAAUACUCAUUGUGCCUUAAAUACAAAUGAGCCAUUUGUGUUGGCAUCUCAGUGUGAACAAGUCUUCUAUUUGAAAGACAUGGUUGACAAAGAUUGGCUCGUUGUUGUAAAGACAAAUCCUCGAGAUCUUUUUAAUAUGACUGAAGUUGAAGAAACAGUAAUGAAUGAAGAAGCUUAUCAACAAGAGGAAGUGGAAUGUAAUAUUUUGUGUCCCAAUGACCAUGAACCUGAUAUUCAUGUGUCUUUAUACAGGGAUGAUGUUGAACCACAAACUGUUUUGCAUACCAAUGAUCAAGAAAAUGAGGAAGAUAAUUUCAUUAAUGACAAUCAGACAGAUGUAUCUGGGAGUGAAGAAACCGAAGAAGAGUUACUAGAUGAUGAUGAUGGUGAAGACAGUGAUGAAUACUUUUGA